AACGAAGAAGUAACGAGCUAGUAUGCUAGCCUAGCUGCAGAAAUCAUUUAGCAAAAAAUAUGGCUGCUGUGCUCCCCGUCAGGCCGCCCUGCGAUAGCAACCCCGCUACCCCCGGAGCACAAUCCAUAAAGGAGGAUGUCAUAGAAGAAGUGUCCAAUGAUGGCAGCCAACCUCCCAAGAGAAGGAGAAUGGGUUCAGGGGACAGCUCUCGAAGCUGUGAUACCUCAAGUCAAGAUCUUGGUCCGACGUAUUUCCCAGCAGAAAACCUGACGGAAUACAAAUGGCCACCAGACGAUACAGGAGAGUAUUAUAUGCUGCAGGAGCAGGUCAGCGAGUAUCUGGGAGUCACGUCGUUCAAGAGGAAGUAUCCUGAUAUGGAGAGGAGAGACUUGUCCCACAAAGAGAAGCUCUACCUUCGUGAACAGAAUGUCAUCACUGAGACACAAUGCACUCUGGGUUUGACAGCUCUGAGGAGUGAUGAGGUGAUCGAUCUGAUGAUAAAGGAAUAUCCCACCAAACAUUCAGAGUAUUCUGUCAUACUGCAGGAGAGGGAGCGACAGAGAAUAGCAAAAGAGUACUCCCAAAUGCAACAGCAGAACCCUCAGAAGGUGGAGGCCAGCAAAGUCCCCGAGUACAUAAAGAAGGCAGCAAAAAAAGCUGCAGAGUUUAACAGUAACUUCAACAGAGAGCGCAUGGAAGAGAGGAGAGCUUACUUUGACCUCCAGACACAUAUCAUCCAGGUGCCCCAGGGCAGGUUUAAGGUGCUGGCUCCAGAGCUAACCAGGACAGGACCCUACCCUGUGGCUCUUAUACCAGGACAGUUCCAAGACUAUUACAAAAAAUACUCUCCCAAUGAGCUGCGGUACUUGCCGCUGAACACAGCUCUGUUCGAACCUCCACUGGAUCCAGAGCUUCCUGCACCGGACUCAGAGCCUGACUCUGACGACGCUGAGGAUGGCAAGGAUGACAAGAAGAUCAAGAACUCAUCUGACAGUUCUUCCGGCAACACAUCUGAUGUGGAGAGCCAGGAGGGCGGGGGCGGACAGAGCCACAAGUCCAAGGCCAAAGACAGGACAUCAACAACGGGAAAAGACGGCAGCCAGCGCCACUCUGCGUCCCAGAAAGCCACCGCAGGGUACAAGCCUAAGGUCAUUCCCAGUGAUAUAUGUGGCAUUUGCCAGAAGGGUAAAGAGGCCAACAAGAAAGGCAAGCCAGAGGCUCUCAUUCACUGCUCCGAGUGUGAAAACAGCGGCCACCCAUCCUGCUUGGACAUGAGCGAGGAGCUGGUGAGCAUGAUCCAGACGUACCGCUGGCAGUGCAUGGAGUGUAAGACCUGCACCGUGUGCCAGCAGCCCCACCACGAGGACGAGAUGAUGUUCUGCGACAUGUGCGAUCGAGGAUAUCACACCUUCUGCGUAGGCAUGGAUUCCAUACCUACAGGUCUCUGGAUAUGUGAAGUUUGCGACAAAAAUUUCACCACGCCCAAGAAGAAAGGAGGAGCUAAAACACCCAAAAAGAACAAGUCAGCUCAGAAAUGAUCAGCGGUUCCAUUAAUCAUAACAAUCCUGUUAUCACAUUCUAGACAAAUGCACUGCCAUUAGAAGCUGUGGAACUGGAAAAUGACAGAUAAGUGUUUGGCCAAACAGCUUUGACGGAAAAAGAUAAAUGCACAGUUUGUGAUCCAUUUAAAAAGAAAAAAAAAAAAAGCAAACACAGUAGUGAAGCUUCCUUCCAAAUAUUAAAAAAUCCAAACUGAAUGUUUAACCUGCUGUUGCUGUUUGGUGUGUCUUUAAUAUACAGACUAAGACUUUUCUGCUGCAGGCCUAUAAUUUAAAACAUAAUUAAUUCCCACCAAUAAACAAGAUCAGUGCAUUACGGUUUUAUUAGCUUAUGUAUGUGUCCACAUUAGGGAUUACCUUCAACAGAGCAGCUCGGCAGAAUGACCUCCACAUACAUAAAUAAUGUAGAAGCUAAACUGGAACUCGGAUCCAUCCAGAUUUGCUGCACUGAAUCCUUUGACCAAACCACUAACAGUGUCGCCCGUUCAUUGUUAAUUCGUGCAGUUUGUGCCUCGUUAUGUUACUUCAGUGAUAACUUGUUUGCUGGGAAAUUGUUUCAGUUAAAGAAAAAUGGUGCUUUUGAUGGUUUCACUACUGAAACAGCUGAUCUUUUUUUCUCUCAAAAUUCUGUCUUUGUCUUUGUUUUUUUGGUGUUUUUUUUUUUUUUUUUUUAUAUCUUUUGAAUUACAGUUUGUAUGUUGAUGAUGUGUGAUUCACAGAGGCGGGCCAGUAAAAUCUUAUUCAAGUGAAUAACGACAUGGUGCUUAUGUAAAAGACACUGGCUGUCAGACCUCAUAGCUGCAGGAGUUUUCAGGUUUUGGGAGUGAGUCUUUAUUAACGAAACAAAGGCUCAGAAAAAUGGAACCACUUGUAAUUACAUUGAAUUGUGAUUACACUGAAUUUAGCGUCCAUCAGCUCGAUGGUUAAUUGAUGUUUCUGCAAUCAACUUGAAAAGUUUUUCUGCUGUCCUGCAAUAAGCAGGUUGUUAACGGGGUAUUUGUUGUUGAAUAUAAUGCUUUG